AGGUCUGUUCCAAAAGUAUCGCGAAUUUUGAAUUUCCGCGGGCUACGUAUAUUCGAUUUUCGAUUUUUUUGUGGCGUUAUGUUGGUACUCAUGUCCCUCACUCAUGCUGACAAGUUCGGCCAUUUUGAAUGUUCAGUUAAUUUGUGACAGCUAUUUUGCUUGGACGUGUUUUGGCUCGUCUUCGAUUUUUGCCUAUUCCAAGAAAUGGAUCAAAGAAUAUGUAUCAAAUUUUGUGUGAAAAACAAAAUUAAGUGCGCGGACGCAUUCCGAAUGUUGACUGUGGCAUAUAGUGAAGCUACCUUGAACCAAAGCAACGUUUAUCGGUGGUACAAAAUGUUCUCAGAGGGCCGAGAAGAUGUGAACGACGAAGAGCGUGCAGGACGCACGAGCACGUCAAUAUCAGACGAAAACAUUGAUGAAGUGAAGAUAAUAGUAUUGGCCAAUCGUCGAAUCACCGUUAGAGAAGUUGCUGUGGACCUAAACAUAUCGAUUGGCUCGUGCCAUUCGAUUUUUACCAAUGAUUUGGGCAUGAGACGGGUCGCCGCGAAAUUCGUACCAAAAUUGCUCACUUUCGACCAAAAACAGCAUCGAAUUUUUGGCCAAAAACAACACACUAAUGAUGCCGCAGCCACCGUAUUCCCCAGACCUGGCCCCCUGUGACUUUUUCUUGUUCCCGAAACUGAAGAGGCCCAUGAAAGGACGACGCUACGCCACGAUUGAGGAGAUAAAGACGGCAUCGAAGGAGGAGCUGAACAAGAUCACAUAAAGGAUUUUUUGAAGUGCUUCGAAGAUUGGAAAAACGUUGGCACAAAUGUAUAAUAUCUGAUGGGGAUUACUUUGAAGGGGACAACAUAGAUUUUCAUGAAUAAAUAAAUAAUUUUUGAAAAAACACAAAAUUCGCGAUACUUCUUGAUAGAUACUUUAGACCUCGUACGAGGUGUGUCGGUAAAAUAACUUUCCCACAUUUUUUUCAGUAUACAACAUGUUUUAUUUGGCUUUUCCCAUACAUCACUGGAAAGCUUGAUUUCUCCUCUAUUUUUCUCCAUAAUCGCCGUCUCUAUCUAUGCAUUUUUGUAGGCUCACGAUCCACUUUUGUAGACCCUCCUCGUAGAACUCCACCGCCAACCCGUUGAGGAAAUUCGUUACUUCUUCUUUCACUUCGUCGUCCGUCUUAAAUUUCAAUCCGCUCAAGUGAUUCUUCAAUUUCGGGAACAAGUGAUAAUCACUAGGGGCUAAAUCGGGACUGUAGGGUGGGUGGGGAACCACAGUCCAGCCGAAUUGGGCGAUGAGGUCCUUGGUUUGCCUGGAGACAUGCGGACGUGCAUUGUCGUGGUGCAACCUUACACCUCUAGACAGUUUCCCCCUCCGGCAAUUUUGGAUUGCCCUUCGGAGUUUUUUUAGGGACUCGCAGUAUCAAUCCGAGUUAAUUGUGGUCCUCGGAGACAUAAAGAAGAAGUAACGAAUUACCUCAACGGGUUGGCGGUGGAGUUCUACGAGGAGGGUCUACAAAAGUGGAUCGUGCGCCUACAAAAAUGCAUAGGUAGAGACGGCGAUUACCAUAUGUAGAAAAGUAGAGGAGAUCUCUAGAGGAGAGUAGAAUCAAGCUUUCCAGUGAUGUAUGGGAAAAGUCAAAUAAAACAUGUUGUACACUGAAAAAAAAUGUGGGAAAGUUAUUUUACCGGCACACCUACUAGCUCAGAGCCCGAACAGGAUGGUAGUGUCCAUUA